AGCAGCACGCAGAGCGCAGAGAGCGAUGAGAGUCCGCUAAACACACCAGAGAGACACGUACCUGGAUAAAGGAGCACACAAAGUGAACACCGUGGGAGGGAGGAGGAAGAGUUGAGUCGCUUUUAACCGGAGAGAAGAAAAAAAAAACCCAGAAAGUGAGUUUUUACGAACAACUGAGGGGAUUUAAUAAGUGGACACGAGUCGUGAGUGAGACCGUGGCAGAUGAAAGAUGACAUCGAUAAAGGGGGAUUAAACUGCAGGGAUGUUAAGAAAAUGAUGACAACAAUAUCCACACACUAAAGGAGGGACUUUGGAGAACACAGGGAUGGCUUGAUUUCUCCGCCACGGGGGAAGCUGGUGGGACAAAACAGUCACAUGUUUAUGUGGAAGAGAAAGAAAGUUUGCUGCGCUUUUCUCAGAUAUAAGUCUACUUUGUGAGAGGCAUCGCUGCUUGUGACUGUUUUCUCACAACCCACCCGGUUUGGUUCAUUUAAAAAAACUGUUCACAAUGUCCAAGCCCGUGCUAAAGAAGAACCACUGGACCUCCAGAGUGAACGAGGUCUCCGUCUCCAAAGAUGCCCGCGGUGACUUGAAUGUGGCGCUGCGCGGCGGCGCGGAGAACGGAGAGUUCGCCUACAUUGGCCAAGUUAACGAGGAUGUGGUGCUUUACAAAAGUGGAACAUUAAACGAAGGGGAACUGCUGCUGGAGGUGGAGAACCUCUCGAUCUCGGGAUUACCUCUGUACGACGUGCAGACCGUGAUAAAGAACUGCAAAGGUCCCGUCAGGCUGAAAACUGUCAGGCAAGGAAGCAAGCUGAACAAGGACCUGAAGCAUUAUCUGAGCCAGCGCUUCCAGAAGUCGUCGCCUGACCACGAACUGCAGCAGACCAUUCGAGACAACCUCUAUCGUCACGCCGUGCCUUGUACUACCCGCGCCCCACGUGAAGGAGAAGUUUCUGGUGUGGACUACAACUUCCUCUCAGUAGAGGACUUUCUUGAAUUGGAGAAGAGUGGAACCCUGUUGGAGAUAGGAACGUAUGAAGGUAACUAUUAUGGGACGCCCAAGCCACCGGUGCAGCCCCCCAGUGGGAAAGUGAUUAGCAGUAGCGGUAGCGGUGGUGAUGCCCCACUGCCAGACGGGCUCAGCAGUAGCCUGCCGGGCUCGCAGCACUCCACUCCAAGACGCUCCAAGUCCUACAAUGACAUGCACAAUGCUGGAAUAGGGCCUGGAGAGCAGCAGCAGGAGGACGACGAGGACCUCCCUGACAUGAACAGCAGCUUUACAGGAGACUCUAGUGAAUUAGACGAGAUUCAUCACUCCGUGCGCCCCUUCGCCCCCCGCAAGAUUGAACCGUCCUACCCUGGGACGACCCCCUCACCACCGGCCACCACGGAGAGCACACAGCAGACACACUCUCACCUGAGCCAUCCUCCCCCGGAGGACCCGCUGGGACCUCUGCCGGACAACUGGGAGAUGGCCUACACCGAGAAUGGAGAGGUCUACUUUAUAGACCACAAUACAAAGACCACCUCCUGGAUAGACCCUCGGUGCCUGGACAAACCUCAGAAACCCCUGGAAGAAUGUGAAGACGAUGAAGGGGUACACACAGAGGAGCUGGAUAACGACUUAGAACUUCCUCCAGGAUGGGAGAAAAUAGAUGAUCCAGUGUAUGGGGUCUACUAUGUUGAUCAUAUCAACAGGAAGACCCAGUAUGAAAACCCAAUGCUGGAGGCUAAAAGGCGCAGGCAGCUGGAACAGCAGCAGCCUCAGCAGCCUCAGCCCCAAAGCCAGCAGCCACCUGAAGGUGAGCGCUACAUCCGAGAAUGGAUUGAGGACUCAACAUCGGCAGGGGCUCCACUGGCCAGCUAUGCUGCCAACCACCAGGAAACCUACAGGGACCCUCAGACAGGUCCCACGGUGCCCAAUGCGGUGGGACAGAAACGAGGAAAACCUUUCUUUACUCGGAACCGAUCUGAACUGAAGGGGACUUUCAUCAAUACCAAACUGAAGAAGAGUCGCCGGGGGUUUGGUUUUACUGUUGUAGGAGGCGACGAGCCGGAUGAGUUUCUGCAGAUAAAGAGCCUGGUCCUAGAUGGGCCUGCCGCCCUUGAUGGCAAAAUGGAGACGGGUGAUGUGAUCGUGAGUGUUAAUGACACGUGUGUGCUGGGCUAUACUCAUGCCCAAGUUGUGAAGAUCUUCCAGUCCAUCCCAAUCGGUUCGAUGGUCAACUUGGAGCUGUGCCGUGGCUACCCACUGCCUUUUGACCCCGAUGACCCCAACACCAGCCUGGUUACCUCAGUGGCUAUUCUCGACAACAAAGAGCCCAUCAUCGUCAACGGCCAGGAGGCCUCUAACAGCUACGACUCGCCGUCCAGCCACGGCAGCCAGAACAACAACAGCAUCCCGACCAAUGGCGGGGCUCCCCUCAACGGCCUCCCCCGACCCAACAGCCCCUCCACAGAGGUGGCUUCCGAUACCUCUUCUCAGCACGGCUACCCCAGCGAUGUGGUCACCCUGGCCUCAUCCAUUGCAACACAACCUGAGCUCAUCACUGUACACAUGGAGAAAGGAGACAAGGGCUUCGGCUUCACCAUUGCCGACAGUCCCGGUGGCGGAGGGCAGAGAGUGAAGCAGAUCGUGGACUACCCUCGCUGCCGCGGCCUCAGGGAGGGUGACAUUAUCGUGGAAGUGAACAAGAGAAAUGUGCAGAGCAUGUCACACAACCAGGUGGUCGACCUGCUCAGCAAGUGUCCCAAAGGCAGUGAGGUCACCAUGCUGGUGCAGAGAGGAGUGGCACCUGCAAAGAAGAGCCCAAAACUGGAUGAUUUUGAGCUGGCUCCUCCGUACAGAGAUUACACUAGGAGGCAGUUGUCAAGGAAGGACAGUCAGAACAGCUCCCAGCAUAGCGUUUCCAGCCACCGGAGCGCCCACACAGACUCACCCAUGCACCCGUCCCUGGCGCCCCCUCUCAGCGAGAGCAACGCCCCCCCGCCUCCCUCACAGCCCUUGCCAGGCCUCCCAUCUCAGGACUCCCCAGCCGAUGGGACCAUCCAGAGAAAACCGGACCCCUUUAAGAUCUGGGCCCAGUCCAGGAGCAUGUAUGAAAGUAGGCUUCCAGACUUCCAGGAGCAGGACAUUUUCCUGUGGAGGAAGGACACGGGGUUCGGCUUCAGGAUCCUCGGAGGCAAUGAGCCAGGAGAGCCUAUAUACAUUGGCCACAUAGUGAAGUACGGUGCAGCAGAUGAGGACGGACGCCUGCGAUCUGGUGAUGAGCUGAUAUGUGUGGAUGGCACGGCUGUAGUGGGGAAGUCGCACCAACUCGUGGUGCAACUGAUGCAGCAGGCUGCCAAGCAGGGCCACGUCAACCUCACUGUGCGACGCAAAACCAGCUACGCCGUUAAAGCAGAGGGAGACGUGCCUCCAUCACCGGCGUCCUCGCACCACAGCAGCACCCAGGCGCCCAGUCUGACGGAGGAUAUCGGGAAGCGCACCCCACAAGGCAGCCAGAACUCCCUCAACACCGUCAGCUCCGGCAGCGGCUCCACCUCCGGCAUCGGCAGCGGUGGUGGAGGCGGCGGGGCGGGAGGCAGCGGUAAUGCUGUGGUCGCCGCUGCAGCCGCCACCACCUCCUCUCAGCCCCCCAACAACUCCACCGCCAACGUCACCUCCUCCACUCUGCAGCCCUACGACGUGGAGAUCCGGCGCGGUGAGAAUGAAGGAUUCGGUUUUGUCAUCGUCUCGUCGGUGUCUCGGCCUGAAGCUGGCACCACCUUCGCUGGAAAUGCAUGUGUGGCAAUGCCCCACAAAAUAGGGCGCAUCAUCGAGGGGAGUCCAGCAGACCGCUGUGGCAAGCUGAAAGUCGGUGAUCGAAUCCUGGCUGUUAACGGAUGCUCCAUCACCAACAAGUCCCACUCUGACAUUGUGAACCUCAUCAAGGAGGCCGGAAACACCGUCACACUACGCAUCAUUCCUGGCGACGAGUCAUCAAAUGCAUCUUUGUUGACGAAUGCAGAGAAGAUCGCCACUAUAACUACCACUCACACACCUCAGCAACAGGCUGCACCCGAGGCCAGGAACAACACCAAACCAAAACAGGAAUCUUUUGAAUUUAAACCCCCACAAGGUCCCCCUCCCCAGCCCCCCACACAGCAAGUCUCAGCUCAGGAUGCUGAGUUCUACUCGGUGGACCUGGAGCGAGACAACAAAGGCUUUGGCUUCAGCCUGCGAGGAGGCAGAGAGUACAACAUGGACCUGUACGUGCUGAGGCUAGCUGAGGACGGAGCAGCUGUACGCAACGGAAAGAUGAGGGUCGGGGAUGAAAUCUUGGAGAUCAACGGCGAGAGCACCAAGGGCAUGAAGCACGCGCGAGCCAUCGAGCUCAUCAAGAAUGGAGGCCGACGCGCCCAUCUGGUGCUCAAGAGGGGUGACGGCUCUGUGCCUGAAUAUGACGGCAGCCCCAACGACGGCAGCAGCGCAGCCAACCCAGCCUCAGGGUUACAAAACGCUGCGGAAGUGAGCACCCUGCCCCCAACCAACGCACCAUCAGAGUCAAGCUACCCACCAGAACCUCACCAACCAUCCCGGAGCAAGCAGGAACCGAGCCGCCACUCUAAAGGCACUGGCAAGCACCAUCAUUCCAAACACCGCCACCACUCCCCCCACAAGAAAACCAGCAAGGGGAGAAAAUCCACGGGGAAGAGUGCGUUCAAGCCGCACAAGAAGAAGGAUGACAAGGGGCGUGACGGCCACCGCCACCAUUCUAGCGGGAACCACCGUAGCCGCCAUCGCUCACCUGAUAAGGGGCAAAGUCGGUCACGUAGUGCAGAAAACACCCUGGAUGGCCGACACGGGGGGCACCGCCACCGUGGUCGUUCCCCAGACAGGCAACAUGGUCACCACUCCCCCUCUCACCAUCGCCACCGCUCGCCUCACCGCCACAGGUCCCCCCACCGCUCCCGCCAUCACUCCCCCACCAGGCGCCACGCCCGCUCCUCAGACCCCUACCGCCAGUAUGGCUCUCCAGCGAGACAGAGCCGCGGCAACGAGAAGCCCAGUGGAAACGAGGCUGUACUGAAUGAGCCAGCCAAGUCUCCCGAACCCAGCCUCCCUUUUGAGGACAGCAUCCUGCGUGAGCCCCCGGCCCUGGACCGCCUGAACAGGGAGGCCACGCUUCCAACUUUGCGCAGGGAGGACCGCCUGUUUGAGGACGACAGCCUGCUGAUGAGAGCCUCCUCUAUGGAGAGGGCCUACAGGGGGGACACCCUGCUGAAGGACGUGACAUCCCGCGGCCUGAGAGACGCCUACAAAGACACCAACUUGCCCAGAGUGCGCACCCCUGACUCGGAUUCAGCCUACAAGCGGUAUAGCUCGCUGCUGAGGGGGCGAUCACCUGAGAGGAUGGAGAGAGAUGGGCGCUACGCCAGCCGAGGUAGCUCCCCUGAGCCUCAGUACCGAGCCCGCAGCCUGGGACGAGACAUCUCCCCGAUCAGGAGCUCCAGAAGGGACGACUCAGAGGAUGAAGAGGAUGAUGACAAUUUCAUAGCGGCUAAGGUUAGAGAGUACUACAGCACAGUCCAGACCAACACCAGUCGCUCAUCCAAGCCCGUGCUCCCUGAGCCCAAGAAGACCUACAAGGAGAAUCCCAAAGACCUGAGCAUCUGAUUGGACAGCUGUCAGCCAAUCACAGAAACCACCCACAGAACACCUCAAGUACUCAGUCCCAUUAACCACUUGGUUCUACAGAAAUGCACCCACUUGUGUACAACAUGCUCACACUCACACUCACACACACACACACACACACACACACACCAGACAACUGAUAUGCACUCACACACACAUUAUAUAACAAUGUUGAGUUACUAACAAGACAGUGAUUCCAAAAUGACUUUUGAAAGCAUUUCUUUCUUUCUUUUUUAUUGUAUGUUUUAUUUUCCCUUUUUUUCUCUUGUUUUUGUUUAAGCAUUCUACAUUUACAGUAACUCUGACUUUUCCAGAAAAUGUAAAACCAUAAAAAACAAUGAUGUGCCUAACAGUUCCAUUAACAAGCAACAUUUUCUUUUUGAUUUGAUAUGUGGCGGGCAUUUUGUUGCCCCACUGUCAGAUGAUGAAAUGUAUGUACUUUUCCACAAGGAUCCCAUGGAAGUACCGCGCACCUCGACCGCCGUAACUGGUGCUCACGAUGAUGCUGUGCAUGUCUCUACCGGUUUCAAUGUCUCUUUCUCUUUCUGUCUCUCUCUCACUCUCCUGCCUUUGUUCUCUCUCUCUUUCUGUCUCUGUCUCUCUCUCUCCUCCCAGUGCCACUGUUUUUUAGACAUUUGACCAGACUAUAGCACAAGCCUGCAUUUGUUUGUAUAUUUUUGACAGUUUGCAGUAUGUGUACAUUCAGAGGUGAUCAUUUUAAAUGAAUGAAGGGAAAAUUAAAAGUUAAACUAUGAUGAUGAUGAUGUUAAAAUAAAAUAAUAUAUUCAACAAAUGAA